AUGAAGACACUUCUUCUCCUCUCUGUCCUUGCCCUGCUGGCCUUCCUGGCCCAGGCUGAUCCUCUUCCAGCAGCAGCUGAGGAGACGAAAAAUGAGGAGCAGCCAGGGGCAGAGGACCAGGAUGUGACCAUUUCUUUUGGGGACCCAGAAGGCUCUGCUCUUCAAGAUGCAGCCUCAAGAAAGUUCCCGACAUGCUACUGUAGAAGACGGCACUGCAGAUUACUAGAACGCGUCAGGGGACUCUGCACCAAUGGCCGCUUGUUAUGCUGCCGCUAA